AUGUUGGACACUUCCACAUAUACGACAAGUAUUGUUGAGGCGAUAGCAGGGUUGGUCUCCAUAAUCCUUACCACAGUGCUAGCAAAUCCUACUACGUUCUGGCCUAUACCUCUUGUUCUGCUUAACAGAUGUAGUGGGUACUGGUCUACGGUGUUAAACCGAGGGCCUAAGAUUCCCUACUACUUGAGGAAAAAGUACGAAGGUUCCUCUUCACUAGCUGUAUUUUGGCUAGAACGGCCGAAUAAUGAAGCAAAAGGUAGUUUUGCCUUGACAGCCUCACCUCAUGGUGAUUCUGUUGAGAGUAGUGGUAGACCUGGGGUGCUUACAGUUUGUGAACCCAAUAGUGCUGAUAAUCUCUUGCUUUUCAAUGGUGAAAAUGAGUUGCUUGAGGGGGGAAGAAAUUCUAUACAUCUUAGUAGGAGAAAUAGAAUCGCAAAAUCAGAACUGUCUUCUCAGUUGGAUGGCACACAAAAUGCCAAGGAAUCAGAAGAUUCUGCAAUUGUUCGCCCAUAUGCUCGUCGGAAUCGAUCCAAGAUAAAUCGUGAUGCUGCACGAUCAAGUUCAACAGAUAUAAAUCAGACUCGUGGCAGUCACGGUUCUUCUUUACCAGGUCGUGGGGGGACGAGGGAUGCACGGGGUUUAGCAUCUGAAACAACCAGUCAGAAGGACCAGAAUUUACCCUCUGCGUCUAACCUUAACUCUGCAACUUCAAACGGGGAUAUAAAUCCAAAAGUUAUAUUUUCUGAUAACAAGUUGAAUAUAGAGUUGGAUGGAUUGCCAUCUGUGACAGAGACUCCCAGCCUGACCAAAGCUUGUCUAUCCAAAAACAAUAUGGAUGUUACAGCUUCCAAAAGCUGGGCAGAUAACCAGCAUGAUAAAAUUUCACGUAUUGGUGCUCGGCAAGAUUCAUUUGACAUGGCUUCUAGGGAAUCUGUUCUUGAUGGAAGAAGAGAACAGGCAGCUUCAGCUGGUCCUGGAUUCCCACUUUGUGAAGCUGCUGUAAGAGCUGAGAAAGAGGGUAGUUCUGACCAGCUGGGCAGGUGUGAAGAGACUAAAGGAGAUAGAAAAAGCUUAGUUAAUGAUGGUCAAAGUAGCAAUUCAGCAGUUGGUACAAAGAGAUUAGUUCCGGAUUCCUCUUGUGCUCGUAACAGCCUAGGUGUAGGUGUAAAUAAUGAUAAUGAUGUAUCUAUUAAUCUGAAAAAUUCUGAUCCUAACGGGAUUCCUAUGAAUAAGUCAUCAGUAGUAGAAGGGACACCAAAUUUAACCAGUGGUGAAAUAGUAAAUGAAAAGAAUGAGGUCAAGGCUAUUGACAGCCAUUCUUUUGCCAAUGACGGCAAUACUUCUAUUUAUGAAAACCACACUGGCAAUGGUUCUGUUGUCUAAGUAGAAUGUGACACUCAGAGUGCCUUACCUGAUUUACCAGAUGAGGCAAAUUGUUCUUCCAACGUGAAGGUAGUGCGACAAAAUCAAUAUAGUCGGCAGGAAACUGAUGGAAAAGGUUGUGGUUCAUUGGUAUCAUCAUGGAACACCAAGGAAAAGUUAUGCACUGGCAUUCCUGGAGGCAUGGUCAACACUGGUACUCAUGAUAUUCCCAAGGCCACUUUAACUGGAGCAAAUUCUGCUGCUGCUGACCCCAAACUUGUUUCAAGUAAUGCCUUGAAAUUAGCGGAUAAGGCUCAUGAAGAUUCUAUUUUGGAAGAGGCACGGAUUAUAGAGGCUAAGCGGAAGAGAAUUGCUGAGUUAUCUGUUGGUAAUUUACCUUUGGAGAAUCAUAGAAAAUCUCACUGGGAUUUCGUCCUUGAGGAAAUGGCUUGGCUGGCAAAUGAUUUUGCACAGGAGCGUCUCUGGAAAAUGACUGCUGCUGCUCAAAUAUGCCGUCGGGUCGCUUUUACUUCUCGGUCCAGAUUUGAAAGACAGAGUCAGCAUUGGAAGCUCAAAAAGGUAGCUUUUGUGCUGGCUGACGCUGUGAUGCAGUUCUGGCAUUCAGCAGAGGUGCUUCUAAAUAAUGCGGAUCCAAAUAUUCGUACAAAAGACUGUCGACAUAAGUUGGUUGGUGGAAAUGAAGCUUCUGAUAGCAAGGAGAAAAGCAAAGUGCUCAAGCUACAUAACCCUGGGAAGAAUACUGUUCUUGAUAUUCGGGAAUAUGCAUUAAGAUUUUUGAAAUAUAACAGGACUGCUGUUCCUCAUCUCCAAGCAGAAGCACCAAAAACUCCUGAUAGGAUAUCUGAUUCUGGUAUAAUGGAUGUGUCUUGGGAUGAUCAUCUCACAGAAGAAAGCCUCUUCUAUGCAGUUCCCUUGGGUGCAAUUGAAAUCUAUAGAAAAUCGAUCGAAUCUCAUGUAGUACAGUUUGAGUUUCUCUUUUCCCAGAAAUCUGGAAGUAGCGUGCAAGAAGAGGUUGAGACCUCGAUGUAUGAUGUUGCUGCAGAGUUUGGAUAUAAUGAGAGUGUAUAUGAGGAGGAUGAAGGGGAAACGAGUACUUAUUAUUUAGGUGGAGGCUUUGAUGGUAACAAAUCAUCAAAAUUCACUCAGAAGAAGCGGAAGAACUUAAUGAAAUCACACAAUGUCAGAUCCUACGAACUUGGAGCUGAUGUUCCUUAUGGCAACUACUCAAAUGGGUCUCACCAAUCUAUGCUAUUGGGAAAAAGGCCUGCAAAUAGUCUUAAUGUCGGUUACAUUCCAACAAAACGCAUACGCACUGCAUCCAGACAGAGAGUUGUUAGUACUUUUGGUGCUGGAGCUGCCGGAAGUUUACAGGUUCCUGCAAAGACAGAUGCCUCAAGUGGAGAUACUAAUUCCUUUCAGGAUGACCAGAGUACCUUGCAUGGUGGAUUUCAUAUUCAGAAAAGUAUGGAGGUUGAGUCAGCUGGGGAGUUCGAAAAACAGUUACCGUAUGAUUGUGCAGAAACAUCAGCUAAACCUAAGAAGAAAAAGAAGCCCAAGCAUCUGGCUUCUGCAUUUGAUCAGGGUUGGCAGCUUGAUUCAAAUGUCCAUAAUGAACAGAGGGAUCAUUUGAAAAAGAGAUUGGAGAAUCAUCAUUUUGAAUCAAAUGGCUUGUAUGGACAGCAUAAUUUGAAGAAGCCAAAGAUAAUGAAGCAAUCACAUGAAAAUACUUUUGAUAACAUUACUCCAAUUACUGGGUCCAUUCCUUCUCCAGUAGCAUCCCAAAUGAGUAAUAUGUCCAACCCAAAUAAAAUUAUAAAAUUUAUUGCUGGCCGGGAUAAGGGCAGAAAAGCUAAAGCGCUGAAGAUUUCUACUAGCCAGCCAGGCUCUGGAAGCCCGUGGUCAAUAUUUGAAGAUCAGGCUCUUAUUGUUCUUGUGCAUGAUAUGGGUCCAAAUUGGGAGCUUGUAAGCGAUGCCAUAAACAGCACCAUUCAAUUUAAGUGUAUAUUCCGUAAACCAAAGGAGUGCAAGGAGCGUCACAAAAUUCUAAUGGAUAGGGGUGCUGGUGAUGGAGCUGAUAGCGCUGAAGAUUCAGGAUCUUCCCAGUCUUAUCCAUCUACAUUACCUGGCAUUCCAAAGGGAAGUGCCAGCAAAUUGUUUCAGCGAUUGCAAUGGCCGAUGGAAGAGGACACUCUCAAGUCACAUUUUGAGAAAAUAAUCAUGAUUGGAAAAAAGCAACAUUAUCGGAGGAGUCAGAAUGAUAACCAGGACCAGAAACAGAUAGUACCAGUGCACAACUCACAUGUAGCUGCUCUUUCUCAAGUCUGCCCAAAUAACCUGAAUGGAUCUGUCCUAACGCCACUUGAUCUUUGUGAUGCAACGGUGAGUCAAGAAGUUGUAUCUCUAGGGUUUCAAGGUUCACAUCCUGGUGGUCUUGGAAUAUCAAAUCAAGGAUCUGUAGCAUCAAUUCUUCCUACAAAUUCCUCGCUGCAGGGAUCUUCUGGUAUGGUUCUUAGUGGUAACUUGCCAUCGCCACCUGGUCCACUCAAUACCCCUGUCAGGGAUGGUAGAUACAAUGUUCCUAGGGCAUCUUUGCCAGUCGAGGAGCAGCAUAGGAUGCAGCAGUAUAACCAAAUCUUAUCUGGGAGAAACAUGCAGCAGCCAAAUUUAUCUGUUCCUGGGACUGCUUCUGGAGCUGAUCGCAGUCUCCGUAUGGCACCUGGUGGAAAUGGUAUGGGCAUGAUGUGUGGAGUGAAUAGAAGCAUGCCAAUAUCAAGGCCUAGUUUUCAGGGAGUGGCCUCAUCGACAAUGUUGACUUCUGCAAAUACUUUCACUAGUAUGGCGGGAAUGCCAAGCCCUGUGAAUAUGCACUCAGGAGUUAGUUCUGGGCAAGGGAACUCCAUGCUGAGACCUCGUGAAGCUAUGCAAAUGAUACGGCCUGGGAGUAAUUCAGAGCAUCAAAGGCAAUUGAUAGCACAAGAUCUUCAGAUUCAGGCAUACUCGGGCAAUCCUCAGCAACAGCACCAGAUUUCUCCACAGCAGUCCCAUGCUCUGAGUAAUUCACAUCAUCCUCAUCUUCCAGGUCCCAAUCAUGCUACAGGAGGACAGCAACAAGCCUAUGCAAUCCGACAAAGGCAAAUGCAACAGCGUUAUAUGCAACAGCAGCAGCAGCAGCAGCAGCAGCAGCAACAGCAACAGUUUGCAGCAUCUGGUGCUUUGAUGCCACAUGUCCAACCACAACCUCAGCUUCCACUAUCAUCUCCUCUGCAAAAUAGUUCUCAAAUUCAAGCACAACCUUCCUCUCAGCCACUAUCAAUGGCGCCACUUUCAGCAUCUUCCCCAGUGACACCCAUGGCAUUGCAGCAUCAGCAGAAACAUCAGCUGCCACAUCACGGGAUGGGCCGGAAUCCUCAACUUGGUACUGGAUUGACUAAUCAAAUGUCAAAGCAACGACAACGGCAGCCACAGCAGCAGCAGUUUCAAUCUGGCAGGCAGCACCCUCAACAACGGCAGCAGGCACAGUCUCAACAGCAAGCUAAACUUUUGAAGGUUAUGGGAAGAUCGAACAUAGUGGGGCAGAACUUUUCAGUUGAUCCAGCACAUCUAAAUGGUCUUCCUAUGGUCCCAGGAAGCCAACUCCUAACAACCAGCAUCACAGCUUCAGGGUCAGCCACACCAAAACAGGUCAAUCAAACACAAUCAGCUGCUCAGAGAAUGGUUCCACAGAACCGUCAGGGGAAUUCUGAUUCUCGUAAAACUCAAACUGAUCAAAUUCCAGCUGACCCGCUUGGGAAGAGCGCUUCCCAGGGGAACUCUGGUGUUACUGUAGCUGCGCCUCAGGCAUGUAUUGAUUCAGUUAACAUAAUUCCUGCAGCUUCUACAGCAAUCGGUUCUCAAUGGAAAGCUUCAGAACCUCUAUAUGAAUCUGGCAUGCCAAAUACAUCUAAAGUGGGAUCUAUUGGUGGGCCGUUGCUUACAAAUGCCACUGGGACUGAUCUAGUACCAUCUGCAAGCCAAGGGUUAGGCCAAAGGCAGCUAUCAGGUAGCUUGUCCUCUCAUGGGCAUGUGGGGGCACAGUGGCAACAGCAGUCACAGUUGCAACAAUCAUCACCAACCCAACAGCAGUAUCAACUGCAAGAACAGCAACUACCGCAGCAAGAGCAGCAACAGUCCAACCAACACCAGUUGCCGUCACAGAAGCAGUCACAUCAACAAAUGCAACAUUUGCAACCAGCAGCAGGAAGUUUGUAUAUCAGGCCCUCUAAUUCUAAGGUGGAAUGAAGCAGUCUGCUGGAUUGAGCAGCAUCCUGCUGAGAGUCGGUUCAGCAAGAAUUGGGUUUGCAUGCCCUCAUAACAGCAGUGUACAGGUUAGAGCUGGUUACAAGACAGAAGGAUGUGGUGAUUCUUAUUUGCCGGUGGGGUCAUCAGUUUGCAAAAGAAAUGCUGGUAGACCAUUUUUUUUCCUUUUGGGGAAAGUAUGUAUAUUACCGCUGGCUAAGAAUUUUUGGGAGAAUGGAGACAGAUAUAGAGGUACCUGUACAGGAGUCUCCUCUCCCAUUUCUUGUACCUUUUUUGCCCCUUUUUUUCUCUGGUUUCCCUCUGCAGAUGGGCAGAGGGUGCCUGUUCGGUUUUGCCCCAGUAGAUUAGUGGAUGUACUAUUACCUUUCAGAUUAAGUGGGUAGUGAUCAUUGUUACAGGCAAAAGGCCUUUGAAAAUUUUGUGAAUACAAGGUUUCUUUCUGGUGUAUAAAAUGAUUAGUGGUAAAAGUGAUUGGCAUCCGACUGUGGCCUCUAAAAUACUUGUAUUAUGUAGUCUCUCAAGUGCAGCAA